UUCCCUAAAUUUUAAAUAUUUUUUAUAAAUAGGUAAAUAAAUAAAACAUGACAAUAAUUUUAAAACUUGUGAUGAGUGGUGAAUUUUAAAAACAUAUUACAUAAAUGGAUCGUGCACAGUUACAAUUCCAAAACGUCGAAAAAUAUGAUUUAAAACUAAAAUCGAGACCUAAGGAUGGGGUGAUACUGCAAUUACACCAUACAGUUCGUGAUUCCAACGGUGAAAAUCGGAGGAUUCGAUUCUCGUCUGGUAUAUUCAAUGAUUUGCAUGAGAAACUAGCGUGUGCUGAUAACAUAGGUAACGUUUUUGUUUUGGAUUUCACGGAUCUUAAAUUCUGGAAACUAAGCAACGUAGGAACUUGUACCGCAUUACAAUUUCUUCCCAAUAAAGAUGACAUUUUAAUUAUUGCUAGUUCAAAAAAAUAUGAUAUAAACUUUUUGGAUAUCGAUAGUGGAGAAACUACCUUAACUUUGACCGGUCAUACGGCACCUGUGAAACACGUCUCAUUUUCUAACAGUAAAACUAAUAAUUUGCUAACUGCUAGCCCUGUAGAAGCUAUAUUAUGGGAACGUCGAAAUUACACGAAAUACUUUACUCUAAACACGUACUUAGGUGCACAAAUUCAGCAAAUAAUGUUCACACCGGCCGGUGAUUAUCUUGUAGCGUGCUUUCAAAAUGACACUGUGCAGAUAUGGAAAAAUGAAACUAUGAAAUCAGUGAAGCAGAUUAUACCAAGUGAAUUAAAACAUUUGAAGAAUAUUGCUUUCACUAUGAAUGGUCGAGCGAUGGCUAUGGCGGGUCUGACACCAAUGUUAAUAUUAUUUAGCAUGGAUACAUGGAAGGCUUUAAAAUCAAUUAAUUUAACAAAACACAACAUAAGCGGAGCCCAACAAAUAGCUUUUAUACCACAAAUAUUUGACGGCGGUGCUAAUAAAAUCCUUGCUAUAUUAAGUAGUGACUGCAAUCUUCAUUUAUUGGAUCUGGAAUGUUUAAAUGUUAUACAUAGUAUAUGUCCAGAGUCGUCUUGCAUAAAAAGAUUUGUUGUAAGCCCUACCGGAAAAUAUUUUCUUUGUGUUUUACAAUUAGGAGAAGUAAAUAUUUACAACUCUUCAUAUGUAAUGGAUUUAACGCAAAAUUUCGCCGAUAUAAAGAAACCAUGUACGUCGACGCAAAAAUUGAUUAGCCAAGAAAUAUCGCCUUCUAAAGCUGAAGUAGAGCAAAAGAUGCGGAUAUGCAUGGAUAGUGCAAGAUUAAGAAGAAUUUUGAUGCAAUACGGCGAAUACCCGGACAAGUUUAGAUCAGUUAUAUGGAGAUCCCUUUUAAAUACACCAAGAAAUAAGAGUGCGUAUUCAUCUUUAAUUGAUAAAGGUAUACAUCCAGCUUACAAAGACAUCGAAAAACAGUUUACUAUUCACAGUUCUGUUACACUUAAAAGUUUAAAAAGACUACUGUCUUGCCUCGCACAUUGGUGUCCAUUAUUUGGUGUAAUGAAAUUUCUUCCAGCGUUUGUUUUCCCAUUCGUCAAAGUAUUACAAAAGGAUCCUUUACUGUUAUUUGAAUGUGUAGCUACAAUAUUAUUGAAUUAUUGCCAGCUUUGGUUUGAGUAUGCACCAUUUCCUCCAAUUAGCAUUUUAGCUAUAAUUGAAAACAUCGUAUCCGACCAUGAUGUGCAUCUCUUAAAUCAUUUCUGUGAAAUUGGCAUCACAAGUCAAACAUAUGCACUUAAGAUAUUAGAGACAGCUUUUAGUGAGGUAUUAACAUGUUCUGAAUGGCUAAUUCUUUGGGAUCACAUACUGAGUAAUGAACCAGCCUUCAUUGUAAUGGCAGUUGUGUCAUACAAUAUAGUGCAAAGAAAUGCAAUAAAAAGAUUGAAAACUCAUGAACAACUGGAUAACUUUUAUCAUAUGCAAAAUCCUAUAGAUAAAAAACAUUUCUUAAAGAAAGCUUAUGUUUUGUUGAAUGAUACUUCUGAAGACAUACAUCCAAAAAGAUUUUUUAACAGUUUUAUAUCACUGGAUAAAGGAGAUUGUUAUCAACAAUUUACUGGUUAUCCAAAAGCAACUAUUUGUAUGAAGUUAGCUAAGAAGAGUAGAAAAAUUAAAUCGCAAAAUGAUGGAAGUACUCUAAAAGAAAUGACUAUAAAAAGUCAAGAAAAACAAAUCAACGAAAUAUUAAAUAAGGACGAGGAUAAUGAUGAAGAAAAAUUUAAUAGUGACGAGGAAAAUUUCAAUGAAUGUAUUAAAAAUCAUAACAAACAUACUUACGAUUUACAAGACAAAGGAGAUUUUUGUAUAAAGCAAAACAUGAAUACUGUAGCAUAUCCUACAACAAUUCAUUUACAGCGAAACGUGGAGCAAACUGAUACUAAAUCAAAUAGAAAAGAUAAUAUAUGUAAACAUUCAACAAGAUUAAAAACAAAGAAAAAGUGUAAUGAUAAAAGGAAUGAUAAUUUAGAAAAAGAAGUAGCAAAAUUGAUUAAAACGUAUACGAACUCUGAUUUAUCUGAUUCAUAAUUUUACAUCCAAUGUAUUAUAGUGCAAUAAUUUUAUUGUACAAUAGAUUAAGAAA